CCUAAGCUCGUGGGUCACGAGCUUUUCGAAAUUGAAAGCUCAUUGAAGAGCGUCAGCACCUACCAUGUUCUGCUGCAACGCUAUAGUUGGUACCUCGCCGAACCUCCAGUUCGUCAAACGACUCAAACCCCUCAGACCCUUCUCUGGAUUGCUCUCCAAAGUCAAACCCAACUGUUCUUCCCAUUCUUUCCGUUUCAGCAUUCCCUUACCCGAAGCACCCACCAGGCUUUCUCGUCGGAUUUUGACUCCCCUGUCGCCGGGCUCUAUGCUUCACGACAAUCCCGCCGUCUCUGACGUCUACGCCACGGCUAUUUCCUUCGGCGUCGCUCUUUCCUUGCUUAGGUUAUGGCAAGAGACCGCAAAGCGUGGGAUCUUCGACCAGAAAUUGAAUAGGAAACUUGUACAUAUAAGCAUUGGACUGGCAUUCAUGCUCUGCUGGCCACUAUUCAGUUCGGGGAGUCAGGCACCACUUUUUGCUGCUUUCGUUCCAGGAGUCAAUAUAAUUCGGAUGCUUCUUAUUGGACUUGGUAUACAGAAAGAUGAAGCCACUGUAAAAUCAAUGAGCCGAUUUGGAGAUUACAGGGAGCUUCUGAAGGGACCGUUGUAUUAUGUCUCAACUAUUACUUUUGCCUGUGCGAUGUACUGGAGAACUUCCCCUUUAUCCGUUGCUCUAAUAUGCAAUCUGUGUGCAGGAGAUGGUAUGGCUGACAUUGUUGGGAGGCGGUUUGGCAGUAAGAAGAUACCCUACAACGGAAACAAGUCGUUGGCCGGUUCAAUUGCAAUGGCAUCUUCUGGAUUCUUAGCAUCUAUUGGGUAUAUGUACUAUUUUUCCUCAUUCGGAUAUAUUGAGCAGAGCUGGAGAAUGAUUCUAGGUUUUUUGAUUGUGUCUAUCGCGACUACAGUGGUUGAGUCCCUUCCUAUUAGCUCAGAGAUUGAUGACAACCUCACAGUUCCUCUCACUUCCAUAUUGGUGGGAAGUAUGAUCUUCUGAUUUCUUGCAUAUUGUAGUGAUGAAGUUAGAUAAUCUUAGGCAUUAGUCCUCUCCAUAUCUAGCUCUAGUUAGAUGUCAUAUGGCAGUCUCUGCAUUAUUUAGUAGCUUGUCUUGGCUAGAUGUUGUAACUUAAAUCAGAUUGGUGCUUGUAUGUGAUUUCACCAUCAAUAAUAUCAUCUCGACAGGGCCUUUGCAGUCCACUGUUCUAUGGUAAA